AUGGUUGAAAGGAGGGAAACCUUUGCAUCACAUGCGGCUUCGGGUAGAUCCGGCAACCUCGCAGCAGACAAGUCUUACAUGCCAAUGACACGCGACGAGGCAAGUGAUGCAGCUCUUGGCAACGAUGCAGAUGUUUCCGCCCCAAGGCAUCAGAGUAUACCGCGCAUGCACGGAUCAAGCAAGAUCGCGAGUCCUGCCGAGGGGCCUUCGCCAUGUGCGUCAGUUCUGACCAGAGCGAUUUCGAUAAAAUACACGGCGCUAUGCAUUGGCGCAACGGGUUCAUAUGCUUCACUUGCAAACACGGGUUACGUCGAAAUAAGCUACCGCGAGCCGCCGCGAGGUUCCGAGCCCCGUGGUUCGGCCAAGGAUCAUGGCGAAGUUUGCUACUCGGGCCGCGCCAUACUGUUGCCGUGGCUUGGAAGACAAAAGAAACGAAGCGAAAUGGAAACGAGAUUUGGCAUGGGCCUGGCUAGGAGAGAUGAUGGCUCGCGGGCUGUCCUCCUCAAGAUUCGCGCUUCAUCAGAAGCAGACAACGAAACGCAGUCAUUCUGCCUGCGUCGGAAGCGGGACCUUGCAAAGUUUGACCCUUGGUUUCGGAAGCCCAAUACGCAGAUGGCGAAUGCACAUCAUCCGUCGCGCAUGACUCUGCAGCCCGUACACUUUGGCAGGUAA